AUGUUUUCAAUUGUUUACUGUGGCGAGGUUUUGGAAGUGGCAGCUGGAACUGGAUUUGCGUGUAAUAUCCCGCAGGCAAUCGAGUGUUGGACGGGUCUUGAACCGUCGGAUUAUUAUUGUACCCAGAAUGGGCGUCGUAUUGCAGUGCUCGACAAUGGCAGUGUUCGUCCGGAUGUUCCGCUUCGCGUCUGGGAGCGGCUACCAGGUGGUAAAGGUGGUUUCGGAUCGAUGCUGCGGGCCAUCGGUGCACAGAUUGAGAAAACGACCAACCGGGAGGCCUGCCGGGAUCUGAGUGGACGUCGGCUGCGUGAUAUAAACGAGGAAAAACGUUUGAAAGCGUACCUGGAGAAGCAAGAGGAAGCGGGUGAUGACGAGCGUGUGAAGGCGGAGCGGAAGAUAACGAAGCUGCUGUCCAAGCCGAAGCACGAGUUUGAGGACAGGGAGUACGAGCACGCAAGGAGUGAGUUAGUUGUGGCAUCAGAUGAAGCGAUACAGGAGGGUAUGGAGAAGGCCAUCUCGCUCGAGAUGGCACAAACUGAGCUGGAACUUGUACCAAGCGCAACUACAAGCAACCUGGCGACGAGUUCCGAGUCUAAUACAAGUCUACAGUCCAUACGGAAACGGAAGUAUGCCCAAGCCAACGGAAUGGUGCAAGCGAAGAAGAGCGCAUCAAGCAUGUGGCUGAGUCCGGAUGAGUUAAGCACUUCCAGUGAUACGGAUGAAGAUACGGACUGUGAAGAUAACGACUUAACUAUAGGAAAACUGGUUGCCACAUAA